GGCACGCUAGGAGCGGCGGCCGGGGUUCAGCGGGAUGCUGACAGGCUUCUGCUUCUCUUGCCAGCGCGGAGGGACCGGGACAGCAGGACCCGCCACGGGCGCUCCUCCGGCGGCCCCUCCGGCAUGAGGCCUCAGCUCUCGCGCGGGACCGCCACCCCCGGCCGAGAGAGCGUAAGGAGAGGCCCGAGCCGAGACCAUGCCUGGGAAGCUGAAGGUGAAAAUCGUGGCCGGGCGCCAUUUGCCAGUGAUGGACCGAGCUAGUGACCUGACUGAUGCCUUCGUGGAGGUAAAAUUUGGUAAUACCACCUUUAAAACAGAUGUGUAUCUCAAGUCCCUCAACCCUCAAUGGAACUCAGAAUGGUUUAAAUUUGAGGUGGAUGAUGAAGAUUUACAAGAUGAACCUCUACAGAUCACAGUUCUUGACCAUGAUACUUAUAGUGCAAAUGAUGCCAUUGGUAAAGUGUACAUUGAUAUUGAUCCUUUACUCUACAGUGAAGCUGCAACAGUCAUCUCAGGAUGGUUUCCAAUUUAUGAUACCAUACAUGGUAUUCGUGGGGAAAUCAAUGUAGUUGUCAAAGUAGACCUCUUCAAUGAUUUAAAUCGAUUUAGGCAGUCAUCAUGUGGAGUCAAAUUCUUUUGCACAACAUCUAUUCCAAAGUGCUAUAGAGCUGUAAUAAUUCAUGGAUUUGUAGAAGAACUUGUGGUCAAUGAAGACCCAGAAUAUCAGUGGAUUGAUCGAAUUCGCACACCAAGGGCAUCAAAUGAGGCCAGACAGAGACUCAUUUCUUUAAUGUCAGGAGAAUUGCAGAGGAAGAUUGGCUUGAAAGUACUUGAAAUGAGAGGAAAUGCGGUUGUUGGGUACUUACAGUGUUUUGAUCUGGAAGGCGAAUCUGGUUUAGUGGUACGAGCCAUAGGGACAGCGUGUACACUGGAUAAAUUAAGUAGCCCAGCAGCAUUCCUUCCUGCAUGUAAUUCCCCAUCCAAAGACAUGAAGGAGAUUCCCUUCAAUGAAGAUCCCAACCCCAAUACUCACUCAUCAGGACCCUCCACCCCUCUGAAAAACCAAACUUAUUCCUUUUCACCUUCCAAGUCCUACAGCCGACAGUCCUCUUCUUCUGACACAGAUUUGAGUUUGACACCCAAAACUGGAAUGGGAAGUGGUAGUGCUGGAAAAGAAGGGGGGCCAUUUAAAGCUCUUUUAAGACAACAGACGCAGUCAGCAUUGGAACAGAGGGAAUUUCCAUUUUUUACCUUGACGGCAUUUCCUCCUGGAUUUCUUGUGCACGUUGGGGGUGUUGUUAGUGCACGCUCUGUGAAGCUUUUGGAUCGUAUCCACAAUCCUGAUGAACCAGAAACUCGAGAUGCGUGGUGGGCAGAAAUCAGACAAGAAAUAAAGUCACAUGCUAAAGCAUUAGGCUGUCAUGCUGUAGUGGGCUACAGUGAAUCAACUAGCAUCUGUGAAGAGGUCUGUAUUUUAUCUGCAUCUGGCACAGCAGCUGUUCUGAACCCUAGAUUUCUGCAGGAUGGCACCGUGGAGAGCUGUUUGGAACAGAGGCUAGAAGAAAAUUUGCCUGCAGGCUGUGGAUUUUGCCAUAUACCAUAUGAUGAACUGAAUAUGCCAUUUCCAGCUCAUCUCACAUAUUGCUAUAACUGCAGGAAACAAAAAGUUCCUGAUGUUCUCUUUACAACUAUAGACCUCCCAAUAGAUGCUACAGUUAUUGGAAAAGGUUGUCUUAUUCAAGCAAGGUUAUGUCGUUUAAAAAAGAAAGCACAGGCAGAAGCAAAUGCCACAGCUAUCAGUAAUCUGUUGCCAUUUAUGGAAUACGAAGUGCAUACUCAGCUAAUGAAUAAACUAAAACUCAAAGGAAUGAAUGCUUUAUUUGGACUGAGAAUUCAGAUAACAGUGGGUGAAAAUAUGUUGAUGGGCUUAGCGUCGGCCACAGGUGUAUAUUUAGCAGCAUUACCAACACCUGGUGGAAUUCAGAUUGCUGGGAAGACUCCUAAUGAUGGCUCCUACGAACAGCAUGUAUCUCAUAUGCAAAAGAAGAUAAAUGACACGAUCGCUAAGAAUAAAGAGUUAUAUGAAAUCAAUCCUCCAGAGAUAUCUGAAGAGAUUAUAGGAUCACCCAUCCCAGAACCUCGACAACGUUCAAGACUCUUAAGAUCUCAAUCAGAAAGUUCUGAUGAAGUUACAGAAUUGGACCUAUCACAUGGGAAAAAAGAUGCUUUUGUUUUGGAGAUUGAUGACACAGAUGCUAUGGAAGAUGUACAUUCUCUCCUUACUGAUGUUCCUCCUCCUUCAGGCUUUUAUAGUUGUAAUACAGAAAUUAUGCCUGGGAUAAAUAAUUGGACAUCUGAAAUACAGAUGUUCACAUCAGUAAGAGUAAUCCGAUUAAGCAGUCUUAACCUGACUAAUCAAGCCCUCAAUAAGAACUUUAAUGAUCUCUGUGAAAAUUUGCUGAAGGUUACAGUCACAGCCGUUGCAAUAACUUUUGACAAAAAUCAGGCUCUACAGACAACAAAAACACAGGUUGAAAAGUCAUUGCAAAGAGCCUCUACAGAUAAUGAAGAACUUCUGCAGUUUCCACUGGAACUCUGUUCAGAUUCACUUCCUUCUCAUCCUUUUCCACCAGCUAAAGAACACCUGGAGAGUGCAAGUUCUAACUCAGGUAUACCAGCUGCACAGAGAGCAACGUCAGUUGAUUACAGUUCCUUUGCAGACAGAUGCAGCAGCUGGAUAGAGCUCAUUAAACUGAAAGCUCAGACCAUAAGGCGCGGAUCAAUUAAGACAACUGUGACAGUUGAAAAAGCAAGUCCAAUGAGUGAAGGAAAUUUCCGGAAUCGUUCUGCUCCACCUUGUGCAAAUUCUACAGUUGGGGUUGUUAAGAUGACACCUCUUUCUUUCAUUCCUGGAGCAAAAAUAACGAAAUAUCUUGGGAUAAUUAACAUGUUUUUUAUUCGGGAAACCACUUCUCUACGUGAGGAAGGAGGAGUCAGUGGUUUUCUCCAUGCUUUUGUCGCUGAGGUGUUUGCAAUGGUGAGAGCUCAUGUUGCUGCAUUAGGAGGGAAUGCUGUUGUCUCCUACAUCAUGAAGCAGUGUGUCUUCAUGGAGAAUCCAAAUAAGAACCAGGCACAGUGUCUUAUAAAUGUAAGUGGUGAUGCAGUGAUUUUUGUCCGUGAAUCUGAAUUAGAAGUGGUAUCAUCUCAGCCACCUACUGCCAACUGCCAGUCAUCAUGUCCUGGAGGAGACGUUACAACCUGAAGUAAAUUAGAAAGAAAGAGCUCAGCUACGUGACAUUUAUCUGUCUCCAUUGUUUUGUCAUUAUCUUUCUAGACUUCUUAAAAAAUUGAACUUGACCUGAGAUAAUUCAAAAAGAAUUGAUACAUUAUGAGUAGAUUUGAUUUGUCUAGAAUCUCUUGGAAGCAUGAGAAUUUUCUAAUCUUGACAUUUUGUUUGCCAAGCUUAGAUAGACAGGCCUCAUGAGUAAGUUAAAUUUCUCAGAGAACUGUAGGUGGGUGAUAUUUGUAAUUUUUGUUGAUUUUAGUAAAAUCAUAAUUUACAAAAUGAAAUGGGAAGAUCAUCAGGAAACUAAGAUAGCUGCCCUAAUGUAACUUCAGAAAGUUAAGCAACAGAUUCACAAAUUGUUAAUGAAGAAAUGGUCUGAUUUGAGGGAUGUGUGGGAAAAUGGAGAAAAGUUUUCAGAAAAUGAUGUGGGUUUCUUAAUGCGUUUUAUUUUGAUGAGGAAUUUGGUCACAACUGAAGGGGAGCAGUGCUUCGGCCAUCUUUUAAAAAGAAGUUCCAAUUCCACUGCUUGUAUCCAUAUGUCUUAGCUACUGUGAAAGAAGACAGAAUAUCAGUGCCUGUGUCCUUUUAUUGAAAGUUUUAAUGAUAUCUCUGAGGAGGGAGGAAAAUAAAUUACUAUUUAACUUUAUAAGUGUCCCAUUUCAGUUGGUGCUUAAUUUGUCUAGAAGAGGUUUGGCUUCACCAGGGGAAAAAAAAGUCAGUGAAUUUUGUUGAAAUAGUUAAAAUAUAAUUGAUCUAAUAGGAACAUAAAAUUAUUUUCUAAUAAAAUAAUAAUGCACUUCUACCAAAUAGAAUUUUAGUAAUGUCUUAGGGACUUUUGAUGGUGAGUUAGACUGUAUUUGGCAUAGAAUUCGGAAAUGUAACUUGAAUGUAAAUAUGCUGCAAAAUGUUGAAUGUAUACAUAGGGAUACUUUUUCUGUCAAUGCCAAAUACCUGUUUUAAAUGAACCUUAAAAAGUACACUCUUCCUUUGCACAAUCAAAUUUCUUUAUAAAACUCAUGAUUUUGCUCUUCCAGGAUAACAAACUGCCCUAAAGAUUAGGAGUCAUUUUCUUGUUAUCACAGGUGUCAAUAUUUUUCUGUAUUUUGUUUAUAAUUUUUAUUUUUAAAUAAAAUGUUUAUAAAGAUA